GAUCAAAGGUGUCCAAGCAAUAUAGAUGCGCAAAACUUAACGGCUAUCUCUGAAUUCCAUCUCAUGAAACUCUCAGAGAAUCCAGACCUGCAGCCCAUCCUCUUUGGACUGUUCUUGUCCAUAUACCUGGUCACAGUGCUUGGAAACCUGCUCAUCAUCCUGGCCAUCAGCUCUGCCUCCAACCUCCACACCCCCAUGUACUUCUUUAUCUCAAACUUGUCCUUGGCUGACAUCUGUUUCAUCUCCAUCACAGUCCCAAAGAUGAUCUUGGACAUUCAAACUCACAGUACAGUCAUCUCUUGUGUAGGCUGCCUGACACAGAUGUCUCUGCUUAUUAUUUUUGGAAGUAUGGAUGACAUGCUUCUGACUGUGAUGGCCUAUGACAGGUUUGUGGCCAUCUGUCAUCCGCUGAAUUACCCAGUCAUUAUGAACCCUCAUCUUUGUGUCUUCUUAGUUUUUGCAUCUUUUUUGUUUAGCCUCCUGGAUUUACAAUUGCAUGAUUUGAUUGUCUUGCAGUUUAUGUAUGUGAACAGUGUUGAAAUUUCCAACUUCUUCUGUGAACCUGCUCAAAUCCUUAAUCUGAUUUGUACUGAUAUUUUCACCAAAAAUAUAGUCAGAUAUUUUGUUGGUGCCAUAUUUGGUUUUAUUCCCAUCUCACUAAUAUUAUUGUCCUAUUAUAGAAUAAUUUCCUCCAUUCGUAGAAUCCCAUCAUCAGGUGGUAAGUACAAAGCCUUUUCAACCUGUGGGUCCCACCUGUCAGUUGUUUGUUUAUUUUAUGGAACAAGUGUCGGGAUGUAUCUUGGUUCAGCUAUAGUGUAUUCCCCCAGAAAGAAUGCAAUGUCCUCUGCCAUGUACAUGAUUGUGACUCCUAUGUUGAAUCCCUUCAUCUACAGUUUGAGGAACAGAGAGAUAAAAAGUAGCCUGAAAAGGCUCUAUAGCAGAGAAAUCUAA